ACUUUAGUCCCUCCCUUCAGACAAGGAUAAAGAUAUGAAGGCUUGAAGGGUUGUGACGAGGUGUUGUUGUUGGUCGACGACGAAGCGGUUGGCAGUGUUGAUCAUGGCGUCGAUUACGAUACACCCUUCACCACACGCUCAUGACUCUCCUGGGGUUUAAAGAUUUCUCCUCCUUUUUGGGUUUUUGAUUAACAGCAAAAAGGUGGGUAGUCGCUCUGUUCUUGUGCUUUAAUGGCUUUUGAAUUAAGUGGGCUUUGGAUUGUCUGGUUUGCGGCUUAUGGCAAUGUUGAGUUGUGAGUGAGAAAGAGAGAAGUGUUUGGUGAAUUGUAAUUGGGUUGGAGUUUUUUGUCUCUUUUUGUCUUUGUUUUUCGUCUUGAAUUGAAAUAGGGAGGGAGGCAAAGAUAUGCCUCUAUUCAAUUAGCUGCAGUUUUGCCUAUAAAAUUUACCAAACAUGGCUUCAGUAAUUGCCACCAAAUCUUGCCUCUAUUCAAUUAGCCAGGUACGUCCCUUUCUCAAUGAGCUUUCAUUUCAGUUCAAUGAUGUUUAUGUUCUGUAUUUCAAUACCAAAUAAUACUGGUUUUCUUUUCUUUUCUGUGUAUGGAUAUGUGAUCAAUGGAUGUAUGACGCUGCAAGUUAAUAAUUUCGUCAGGCUUUCAGUAGGGAGCUUUAGCACCUGCAAGACCAUAUAUGCUUUUAUUAAAUUCGAUACAUUCAUACAGAGAACCAAGAAAUUGUACCAGGACACUUGUACUCAGCGAACUAUUUCAAAGUUGAAUAAUGAACUCUAUGAAGUCCACCAAAUAAUGACUUGCAAUGUUCAGGAAGUUCUUGGCGUCGGUGAAAAGUUGGACUAUAAGGCAAGAGACUUGAAUCAACAGGCUCUGAUCAGUAAGUGGGCUCCUGUUGCCAUGCUCUGCAGGUGCUAAAGCUCUCUACAAAAUAUCUAAAAGAGGACUUUCAUUUCUAGUGACGAGUUCCAAGUGCAAGGGAAGAAGAGAUUCCAAGAUUUAGGGAAGUGAUCAAGAGGAUGCCAAAAACAAAAU